ACCGGCAGCCAGUCAGUCAUCAUGCCACUGCCAGGCAGCGGCGGCGUGACCGUCCUGGACGACCUUCCCGAGUCGAUCGUCGUCGAAGAGAUCCUCAUCCGUUUACCGCCCAAGGACAUCCUCCGCUGCCGCGCCGUUUGCAAGUGCUGGCGCAGUGCCACCUCUACCGACAAGUUCAUGCUGGACCACCACCGUCGCCAGCCCUUGCUCCCGAUCCUCAGCCACGCCUAUGGCCAAGACCUCGACGAGCAGGACGGCCGCCUCUUCGUCUCCCGUGACGCCGGUGCCGGCCAACAACAGCUCAGCUUCCCUGUCAUCCGUUGCUCCCCCCGCCAUGGUAGACUCCAUGGCGCCCUUGAUGGUAUGCGCGUCUCCGAGGGACCCCGGUACUUCAUCUGCAACCCGGUCACCCGCAAGUGUGCUCCACUAUGGACGCCUCAAAUGGAGGGGGAUUUUCACCACCAUAUUGUCUGUUUCUAUCGGCUUCAACAACCAGCAGGAGAAUAUCGGGUGCUUUGGGCCACUAGCCCGGUAUACAUCGACCCAGCAAACGCGAAUUACAUGACAUCUUACAAUGUCGUAGCGGUGGGAUCGGAUAAUCCAAGAUGCAUCCGACAGGCAUGCAUUCCACACCCAACCGACGUCGUCGCCUUACUUGGAAGUGGUGUUACGGGGUGGGCUGUUCAGCUCGUGCAAUUAGCCAAUUACCCACCGGUACACCACCGUGGCAACCUGCACUGGGAACUUGGAAUAUCCUGCAUAAUAGUGUUCAACACGACGACUGAGGUAUUUCGGUUAAUGUCUAGUCCUGCCCAGUUGCGCGCACAGGAGUUGUUGCUUGUUGAGAUGGAUGGCGCUCUUGCUUUCUGCAGCUUCAGCACUAACAGAGACACCUUAGAUGUUUGGGUGAUGCAAGACUACGAUGCUGAAAUUUGGGCUUUCAAACAUCGGAUUAAUUUGUCAGUGGUGGAUACAACAUCACGUUGGGAUUCAAGGAUGACAAUGUACGCCAAGAUGGCUGUGCUCAAUGGGUGCGAGCUACUGAUCCAGUUCUCUCUUGGGCAUGUACUACAUUAUGAUAGUCAUGGCAAGUUCUUAGGAUAUGUGAAAAGCGAAGAGGACCGAAAAAUCUACUUGUGGGUUACCACGCAUUACCUCCAGGAGAGUGUUUUUCCCCUUCCACUAAUCCAUGAGAUGAGAGAAGAAGAUGCUGCAAGUAAGGAGCCUCCAUUUUUCGUAGGGCUAUAG